AUGAAGGAGAAAUGUAAAAACGCUGCAAAGACUCGGAGGGAGAAGGAGAACGGAGAGUUUUAUGAGCUGGCCAAGCUGCUGCCUCUGCCGGCUGCCAUCACCUCUCAGCUGGACAAGGCCUCCAUCAUCCGCUUGACCAGCUCCUACCUCCGGAUGAGAGCCGUGUUCCCCGACGGUCUAGGUGAAGGUUGGGGUCAGUCGUCUCUCUUCAGCCCUCUGGACAGAGUGGCUAAAGAUCUGGGCUCUCAUCUGCUGCAGACUCUGGACGGCUUUGUGUUUGUCGUCGCCUCUGAUGGAAAAAUCAUGUACAUCUCUGAGACUGCAUCAGUACACCUGGGCCUGUCACAGGUGGAGCUGACAGGAAACAGUAUAUUUGAGUACAUCCACCCUUCUGACCAUGAUGAGAUGACAGCAGUGCUGGGAGUGUGUCAGCCCCAAAACCACCUCUCUGCAGAGUAUGAGUUGGAGCGCUCCUUCUUCCUAAGGAUGAAGUGUGUUCUGGCCAAAAGAAAUGCAGGACUCACCUGUGGAGGGUAUAAGGUGAUCCACUGCAGCGGUUAUCUAAAAGUCCGUCAGUACAUGAUGGAUGUGGCCUUGUAUGAGUCCUGUUAUCAGACUGUGGGUCUGGUGGCAGUGGGACACUCUCUACCUCCUAGCGGUAUCACUGAGAUCAAGCUGCACAGUAACAUGUUCAUGUUCAGAGCCAGCCUUGACUUCAAACUCAUCUUCUUAGACACCAGAGUGACAGAACUGACAGGAUAUGAGCCGCAGGACCUGAUUGAGAAGACGCUCUACCACCACGUCCACGGCUGUGACGUCUUCCAUCUACGAUAUGCUCACCAUCUCUUGCUGGUGAAAGGUCAGGUCACUACUAAGUACUACCGCAUGUUAUCCAAGCAUGGAGGCUGGGUGUGGGUACAGAGCUACGCCACCAUAGUCCAUAACAGCCGCUCCUCCAGACCUCACUGUAUCGUCAGUGUGAACUACGUCCUCACUGACGUAGAGUGUAAGGAACUGCAGUUAUCUACAGACCAGAGUCGAGCCGCCAAGCCUGGUCUAAGUCUCCCCCCCCCCCACGACCCCCACAAACAGCACAGAGCCAAAGCAGUCAGGACAAAGAGCAGACUCAGAGCAGCUCCGUAUUCACAGACAAGCCUCUUCCAGUCAGACCACCCAGGCUGCACUCUACAGAAGGGAUUGUGGAAGGAGAGGUCUCAGUACCAGGUGGCCCCCUCCAGAGAGAAGCGCUCCAGCUUGAGCCCAGAAGUUAGCCAGGUGUCCUGCAGCCGCACUCACAACCUGAACCUCUCUUGCUCAUACCAACAACGACAUCCUGAUGAACAGAGCCAGUUGCCUCGCUCAGGUCCGUCCUCUCAGGUGUCUCAACAGAUCAUUGGCUCCCAGCACAGAGGACCUGCUGGAUGGAACAACAUCAGCCCCACAGGACCCAACAAGUACACAGGCCUUGGGCUGGCAGCUGAUCGGAGACACCCUGACGAGAUCUACUACGAUGGUCUCAGCAGCACAAAUCCUGCCAGGAGGAUGAAGGAGGAACCCUUUGAACAUUACGCUCUAGUACGCACUGAGUUGUCUGAGGUUUGUCUACACCCCAAUCUCCUAAAGGACAGUAAACCAUCAAACAAGGAUGUUCAACAGAAUAGCAGAGGUUCUAAGGGACUGACAGGUGAUCAAGUCAUAGCCUGUCCUCUGCUCAGCGGCCUGGUUCGUAGUAAAGGUGAGCACAGCAUAGGUCAGUCCCUUCCUGUGCACUUGGCAAUGGAGCAAAGGAGGAGGCUGUGUAUGAUGGAGGCUCCCUACAGACACCCAACCAGAGACUACUUUCUGCCUGCUGAUGGCCCCCAGCGGUGUGGACUCCCCAAGGACCUGCAGCAGUCUGCUGAGGAGGACAGGAGGAUACAACGAGGGAGCAUGAUUGGGGCAGGACUUCCAGCCCACAGUCCCUUAAACUUUCAUAAAAUCUUUGGUAAAGAUGGCUCCAUGUCGGACACCGCCUACUCCACACUGAGUCACGGUUAUCACAGCAAGGAGACAGCCUCUUAUAGCCCCAGCUCCAGCUCAUCUCCUGAGAGCCACAGAGAGGUCCCACAUUACAUCGGAACAUCUGUCAUCAUCACAAACGAGAGGUGACCCAGGACAGGACACUCUGAGGUGACCCAGAACAGGAGCUGCCCGACUCUAAGGCUUAAUCCCAUUUCUCAUUUUCACCCCUAAGAACAGAGUAAUAAGGGGUGGUGGGGGAAUCUUCCCCUACUAAAUGAGACAACCCUUCAGGCCUCCAAAGACACAAGUCUGGGUCAUGCAUCUUCUCCGGUUUGCACUCUAACAGAACAGUUGGACUCCAAGAUGUGAGCUCUUCUCAUGAGGUUCAACAUAUAAAAGAUAAACUGAGACAUUUUCUAAAGAAUACAUGCAAUGCACUUUUUCAUUUUAAUGUUACCCAUACUCAAACACAGGGCCUAAACAUUGGUUAUGAUUUCAGCCUCCUAUUGCCAGAAUAACAGAAAUAAUCUUUUCACACUCAAAGGUCAGAAAACACAGGACUUCCUUUGGACAGACAGAUCUUUCAGUGAAUGUUCUUCUCGAUGCUGUGAGGUGAACUUGACAUUUCAAAUUGGUUGUCAGUGGUCAUCAGUGGACUGAGCUAAUCCCUCAGAUCUGCCAUCUACUUCUGAUGAGUUUGUGUGUUGGUCAUGGCUGAAAUUUUGGUCUGGGUUUUAGUCCUUCAAAGACGGGCCAAGAAUCUUUCAAAUUCAGUGUAUGCAGCCUUCAAGUGAUGAAGCCUUGAUAAUGUCUGUAUGGGGGAUUCAAGAGAGGGUUUAUAUUGAAUAGGUUGUAGUAUUUGGCUGUUAAAGUGCUGACCUUCAGGUUUUAGUUUUUGCCAAAAUCCUUCCAUUGAGGAGCCCAAGGAAUAAAGGAAUAGUCAGGAAAUGUUUUGGAUCCAAGACAUGCGACUGAUUCCCAGCUUCAACACCCUUAAUUUUGAGACUAGAGGUUGACACUGAGUUUUACCAUGACUUGUUUUUUUUGGGAUGUUGAGCUGAAGACGACAGGACUGGUUAAGUUCAAGAAUUGUGCCCAGAGCAUGCUGCUUGGACUUUGGACAGUCAAACCUUGCAGACAAUGCAGAUCUUGGUCAUGGGCCGUAUAAAUAGAAUAACUGGCAUCAGCCAUUGGUUUGUAAACUACCUCCCUAAAGCCAGUUCAGCAGUUUUUUUUAAGUCAAACUUGACCAGGUCUGUGUCACAGAGUGCUGCUGC